ACAGCCGCUGCCUUCCAGGGAGCAGUUCCCCACACCCACCAUGUCCCAGGCUGGCACUCAGGAAACCCCCAUCAAGAAGAAGCGCCCCCCUGUGAAGGAGGAGGACCUGAAGGGGGCCCGAGGGAAGCUGACCACGAACCAGGAGAUCAAGUCCAAGACCUACCAGGUCAUGCGGGAGUGUGAGCAAGCUGGUUCUGCCGCCCCAUCGGUGUUCAGCCUUGCCCGGACUGGCACCGAGACCGUUUUUGAGAAGCCCAAAGCCGGACCCGCCAAGAGUGUCUUUGACUGAGAAGUGCACGCCACGCCCCUCACCGUCAGCAACACCUAGACACAGGAGCCUUUCCCAAGAACUCUUUUUUUAUGCCAGAACAUAGCUUCUCACCCGCAUCCUCUGGGAUUGGCACCCUCCCCGACAACCCUGGCCCCUGAGCCCAGGGACUCUGCAUCAGCACCUGGGCAACACCAAUAAAGAGGAUGCCCAAGUGG